GGGCCUCACGAGCCAUUCUAGACUUAGGGCGGCGCGGCUCGCCGCCGACGAAGCCGCGGCGGUUCCAGCAACGGCGAAACGCAACGGCGCCGCCGGCAACGAAUACGGCCUGCGUUCAAGCUGCCUCCGUCCCCAGCUGGCCUUCCGCCUUUGCACUGCCCGGCUACACAUUUCCGCUGGUUAGUUUGUUUUCCCUGUCCUCUAGUUGCGGGAACAGAACCGGGAUCCGUCCGAGGCGCGCGCGCAGGAGUUAGGAACUAGUCGGAUUUGAAGUUCGAAUCUUUCCGGACUCAUAGUCGUAUUUUCUGCCUACUCGGAUUUGGACUAUCUCCUACUCGGAUUAUUAGAGCUAGUUCAGGUGUCCUAUAAGUGCUGCCCUGCCAACUCGGUUGAAUUAAGUGUUGCUUGGUAGCGCCAGAAGCAACCAUAUCUAGACUUAGGGCAUCGAUUGUGCAAUUGACCAAUGGAGGCGUGUAGUGUCGCCAGGAUAAUGAGCUUAGGGCAUCUGGACUUGAGAAUUAUGCACAAGCUGCUGGCUCUUUCUCCCGGUUCACACAUGAAAUUCAGAAAAGACCCGCCAUUGAUGGAGACCGAGACCGAGACCGUGGUGCAAAAUUCGCCGGAGCUGCCGCUGGAUGUAUUAAUAGAUAUCUUUGCCCUCCUAGAGAUCCCUGACUUCAUACGCGCUGGCUCUGUCUGCUCCGCCUGGCACUCCGCGUAUACCAUCCUACACAGCCAGCUUGAGCAGUACAGACGGGGCCAGACACCUUGCCUCCUCUACACCUCUGAGUCUGUUGGUGACAACGUAGCUUGUCUCUACAGCCUCGCAGAAAAGAGGGUCUACAAUAUUACUCUUCCGGAUCCACCCAUCCGUAGUAGGCAUCUGAUUGGGUCCUCCCAUGGCUGGUUAGUUACCGCCGAUGACAAGUCCGAGCUUCAUAUUCUUAAUCCGAUAACUGGCCAACAGAUAGCUCUCCCGCCCAUCAUCACCAUUGAGCACGUAAAGCCGAUCUUAGAUGAUGCCGGUGCAAUUAGUAAAUAUAAAUGGUGUGAUGAUGUGACAAUCUAUGCUCUGGACGAGUUUCGUGACGGGCUCUACUUCAAGGCAUUUGUGUUUCCUGAUCCAUCCACAGGAAGCUACAUUGUAGUUCUCAUCCUCAUUUCAGAAUGCCAGCUUUUGUUUGCAAGGGUAGGUGAUUGUAAGUGGACAUUGCUGCCGCCUGGUUCGGACUGUUAUCAACAAUGCAUCCACAUAGAUGGUCUGUUGUACGCAUUCACGAGAACCGGAGGAAUCGAUGCUUUUGAUCUCACUGGUCAUACCAUCACAAGGAGUAUUAUCGUAGACGAGAUGGAGAAUUACAUUAGUGACAAGGAUGGUUGGAUAUAUGCUGUUCAGACCCCAUGUGGUGAUCUAUUGCAAGUUUGCAGGCAAACUGAAGUCACAAAAGAUAUCCUGAUAGAGACUGAGAAAAUACUGGUAUAUAAAGCUGAUAUGACAGCAAAAAAACUUGUGAAAAUGAACGGCUUGCGUGAUCAUGUGUUGUUUCUUGGCCGUAGUCAGUCGCAGUGCCUUAGUGCUGAAGAAUAUCCGCAGCUGAAGACAAAUUGUGUUUAUUUCACUGAUGACGAGACAUAUGUUUCGAAGUAUAAGAAUGAUCGCCGGGAUAUUGGUAUUCUCAACUUGGAAAAUGACGACAGGGAAGAAAUUGCAUCCAAGCUUUGGUGCAACUGGCCAAAUCCCAUAUGGAUAACACCCAAUAUCACAAGGAUGAACAUGGGGUUGUAAAGAUAGUUAAUGUACUGUAUUAUUUGAGCAUCUACCUUCUCGAAUGCUAUUAGAGGAUGUCUAAUAGGACCAUGUUGACCAAAAUUUCCUAAUUUUGAGGCCAAAUGCUAUGACACAGAGGCAUGUUCUGUUUCUCUGUUCUUCAUACCUGGUCUCUUAUAUUUUGAAUGACUUUUAUUUUCUGAACUGUCCAAUCUGUUAUGUUUCACGGUUCACAUACUAUCUUCUACAUUCAGGAUAGUCUAACAUAGAACCAUAGUUUUAGAUUUUAACCACAUUUUCUGAGGUGAUUCCUUUCAUCCAACACAGCCUAUGAUUUGUCCGUGCCUAUCACAAAAACUAGCAUUUAGACUUCAUAUGUCGGCUCAUGCAUGGCACGGAGAUACCCUGCAAGUCCAAGCCUGCAUGUCCUCUACACGCUAGUUAAUCAGUGAUCCACUAACUGGGCAUAUUGUGGCUGACGGUAUCUUCUCGGGAUUGUGUGCUUUUCUGUAAUACUCAUGGCCUGAUAUGAUGAAAACCUAAUGCGCAAUGAAUAUUCAGUCUCCACGCAUCACAUGUGAAAAUCUGGAAAACUUUGGAAGUUUCAAGAAAUA